GUUAUUUAGCCGCCUAAGUUUUACCAACCACAACUGCUUUGUGUUUCAGUCUUUAUUUUGACUUUCUAAACACUAACUAUAAAUUGCAAUCAUGCCUGACCGACCAGACUUAGCUGAAGUGAGCGAAUUCGACAAAACCAAUCUCAAGAAAGCUAAAACUUGCGAGAAAUCUGGUGCCGUUGAAGGUUACGCGCAGGAGAAGGCCUUGAAGGAAAUAGGGCAGUUUCAAAAAGACAAACUGAAACACACCGACACGGAGGUUAAGAAUAAACUGCCGACACAACAAGAAAUUGACCAAGAAAAAUCGAACGAAUUUUAGGUCAAGAGAAAGAAAAACAAAAACUCUUUAAAUAUUUCGUAAAUCGUUUUGGUCGUCAUUUAAUAUAAGUUUUAGACCAACUGCUAAAUUAAGCGGUGUGGUAUAAUUGUUUAGUCUAUAGUACUUGAUGGUUAAUGUUUUGUUGUGAAGCAAAUUUAUGCGGGCCGCGCAGGAACUGCCAAUCUCUCCUGUAGCGCCCUCUGACGGACGUUAGAAUGUAGUCUAAAUUGCGGUCGUAUUGGGCAAUUCUUAUUAUUCCAGAUUUAAUUAGCAGUUCUUACACCUUGCUCUUAAUCAAUUGUAACUCUGUAAAUAAAUUCCCACUGGUCUUAUA